AUGCCACCUGCCGACACUAUAAAGCCUGCUGCCCAACCUCAGGUGACGUUAUAUGGUGGUAACAGGGCAAAUUUUCUUUCGUCAUGGUUCUUUAUCUGGGUAUUUCGACUGUUGAAACUGUCAAGGACAUUUAACUUGGAUGACGAUAACUUAGCUUUACAAGAUUCAGAAAAGGCUAAGACUGUGGGAAAUAAAUUGGAAGGUCAUUGGAAAUUGGAAUUUUACAACAAGAAUUCUAGAAAACCUUCUAUACGUCGAGCUCUCGUUAAUUCCUUUGGCGUUUCUUACGCAUUCCUUGGAAUCUACAAAUUAAUUGGGGCAAUCUUCCUAUUUAUUGGCUCCUACUAUUUCUUAAACCGAUUAAUCAAACACAUCGAAUUGGAGGAUGGCAGUACUCCUGAAUCUGGUGUAGAUGGACAUAUGUUUGCUUUGGGUUUGUUCCUGUGUGCCUUGUUGAGUAGCAUAUUUAUCAAUCAAGUUAUGUCCGAAUCUACCAGAAUCGGAGUGCAGGUCCGAGCUGCUCUCAUGGUUUUGAUUUACCGAAAAUCUUUGCGAUUGAGUUCGGUGGGAGGAGGUGUUGGCAAUAUUGCCAUGAUUAUUUUGGCUUUCGUACAACUGGGCUUAGCAGCAUUACCAGCAUUGAUCAUACUUCUCAUUUUAUUUCCUAUCCAAUAUAAACUUGGCAGACUUACAUCAAGCAUAUCAAACUCAACAACCACCAUAACAUCCUCGCGUAUACAUCUAAUGUCUGAAAUCCUGACAGCGAUAAAAUUAAUUAAAAUUUACGCUUGGGAAUUAUAUUUCUGCGAUCGCGUCAAUAAGGUGAGGAACAAGGAAUGGAAUCGAUUAUUGACUGGUAUUGUUGUAAAAGUGUGGACGUUUUGUGUGGUGUUUGGCGCACCGUCUUUGGCAAUGCUGUGUUGUCUAUGUGUUAAACUGUUGGCAUACUCGCCACCAGAUAAUACGUUAAAUACCAGUACUGUAUUUACCGUUUUGGCCUUAUUCUAUACUGUAAGGUAUCCGCUUAUUAUGUUACCCGUUGCAGUGAGGGCAACUUUAGGUGCUAUUGGUUCUUUUGAGCGAUUGGAUGAGUUUUUAAUGAAACCAGAAUUGGUGCCCCUGGAACAAGAAGAACAACCCAUAGAUGGUGAUCCGACAUUGAGAAUCUAUAUCCACAAUGCAGAUUUUGCAUACGAAGGAGUUCCUGAUCCGACAUUGAAAUUCUUGAAUUUAAAAGUCAAACAGGGUCAAGUCAUUGCUAUAGUUGGGGAUGUAGGUGCCGGAAAAUCGUCUAUCUUGUCUGCAAUUAUUGGUCAACUUCGGAAAGAGAACGGUGUAUGCAAGAUCAGAGGUUCAAUUUCAUAUGUUCCUCAUGAUGCAUGGUUGUUAAAUGCCACUCUAAAGGACAAUAUUCUAUUUGGAACCGCCUUUGAUGAAAAACGGUAUAAGGAGGUUUUACAUAUUUGCGCUCUCGAUCACGAUUUGGGCACGCUUAGUUAUGGCGAUAUGACAGAAAUUGGUGAUCGAGGUGUUAAUCUGAGUCUUGGUCAAAGGCAAAGGGUCAGCUUAGCGAGGGCUGUAUAUUCUAAUUCAGAUAUUGUAUUAUUGGAUGACCCUCUCAGGUUUUAUGUUCUCCCCUUUUGCUAUUUCCUCUUGAAAAUUUAA